UUUCCUUUAUUGGACCCUUUGGUUGUUUCUAUUUCUUAAAUGAUGCCAAUUUUAGCUGGGUUAAUCUCAGACAGGUCAUGUGUAGAUAACUACAGCUGAUGUGUGCAGCAGCCAUGUCAUAUGCAGAGGUCAGUGUUUCACAGUACUGUACAGCAGACUUACACACAUUCUGCCGUCUCUUCUGUGAUGGUCAGGGAGCUUUGUUGAGAGGUAGAGAGAAAUCUUCCCUCUGGCUGAGCACGCACAUUCACUUAGUCUCAACAAUUUGAACAGUUACGUCUCAAAGUUAACAACUGCCAUGUGCAGCAAGAAGCUGCUUUGACCAAGAUUGAGAGCAUCACAAAUUAGGAUAGAAAACAUGAGUGUGGAGAAGACAGUUUUCCAGUAUAGCUAUUUAACGAAAUAACACUCAUCAAUUCUUUCCUAGGGUGUGAGACUUUAGUAGCCGUGGGUUCUGAUCAUGUUUACAGUUACAAGCAUAAAUUCUCUGCUGUGGGGCAGAUCUCAGACCCACAUGAGAGCAGUUGGUUAGACCUAGGGCAGUCUUGCCACGCCUGCCCCAGUAGGUGCAUUAUUGUGUUGAUUGUGCAGUGUGAGGUGGAAGGCUUGGUGAAAGCAGUGAUUAAGGAGCUUGGCUGUGUCCCUGUUCUCUAUCCCCCACAUCUGUGAGGUUUAGUCUCUGGAAAAGACAGAUGCUCCUGUCCCUCCAAAUGUUGCUGACACUCUCAGAAUCUGAGAUUUUAGUGAUGGGUCAAGCAAUGGAGAUGACUGAAUUGUUGAAGAUGUUAUAGUUGGAAGUCAGUGAGGAAGGCAGUUGCAUCUUUUUGAAGACUUUGGACUAGAAAGGUGUUCUUCUUGUGAUGCCUGUGUCUGUCACAGUCAAUAAAACACUCACAUAAGUGGUGUUGGGGUUUUUGCUGUUGCUGUCAUUGUUCUCAUAUUCUGUCUUGUCAGACUACAGAGGUAAGGUAUAAACUGAUAGGUGCAGCUGCCCAAGGCUGGGUUAAACAUUAAUGUAGAUGUCACCAGAGCCCGGAGCAGCAAGCCUACGUGGUGUUCCUAGGCUCAGGAGUGAGAAGCAGACAUGACUCAGUUUGCACAGGUCAUGGCUGAAGUGGGCGACUUCGGUCGCUUCCAGGUGCGGGUGACCAUCCUGAUGGGCAUCCCCAAUUUCCUGUCUGCAUUCUUCGUCAUUGGCCAGGUCUUCAUGGUCCUCGAUGAGGCUCACCACUGUUCGGUGUCCUGGGUUAAGAACCACACUUUCAACCUGAGUGCUGCUGAGCAGCUGGCUGUAAGCAUACCCAACGACACAGCAGGCAGACCCGAGUCCUGCCUCAUGUUCCAGCCACCUCCUGAAGGUGCCAGCCUGGAAGACAUCCUGAGCCACCGCUUCAAUGAGACACAGGCCUGCGACGCAGGCUGGGACUAUCCUGAGAACCGGCCUCAGUCCCUCAAGAACGAGUUUGACCUGGUGUGUGAUCGGAAGAACCUGAAGAGGACCUCCCAGUCAGUAUUCAUGGUUGGACUCCUCAUUGGGGCCCUGGUCUUUGGUCCUGUCUGUGACUGGAUUGGCCGUAGAGCCAGCCUUCUGCUGCAGCUGCUUCUGUCAGGCACCAUAGGCAUGGCCACAGCCUUCGUGCCCAGCUUUGAGCUCUACAUGGUCCUGUGCUGCUUCUCAGCUAUUGCUGUGGCGGGGUAUAUGAUGAGCACCAUGAUUAUGGUUUCAGAGUGGGUGGGGCCGUCCUGGAGAACGCGAGCCAUGGUCCUGGCCCAGAGCAACUUUGCCCUUGGGCUGAUGGUGUUAGCAGGACUGGCCUAUGGUGUCCGCAACUGGAGACUCCUUCAAAUAAUAGGCACUGCACCUGUCUUCCUGCUCCUCUUCUAUUACUGGGUUCUCCCAGAAUCUCCACGGUGGCUCCUGUCCCAAGGAAGGAUAGAGGAGGCCAAACAGUUGGUCCAGAAGGCAGCCUUGGUGAACGGCAGGCCACUUGCCCCGGAGCUCCUGAACCAGCUGGUCCCUGAGAAGACAGGCCCCUCGGGGAAUGCCCUGGAUCUUUUCAGACACCCUCACCUCAGGAAGGUGACUCUGAUUCUCAUAGCCGUCUGGUUUGUGGACAGCCUGGUGUAUUAUGGCCUCAGCUUCCAAGUGGGGGACUUUGGCCUGGAUAUCUACCUGACACAGCUAAUAUUUGGAGCAGUGGAAGUGCCUGCCCGCUUUCUCAGCAUCCCCAUGAUGGAGAAGCUGGGUCGCAAGUGGAGCCAGCUCUGUGCUCUGACUCUGGCUGGCACAAUGUGUAUCACCAUCAUCUUCAUCCCAGGAGAUCUUCCCACGGUGGUCACUGUGCUGGCUGUAGUGGGGAAAUUUGCCGCAUCUGCUGCCUUCACCAUUUCCUAUGUGUACACUGCUGAGCUCUUCCCCACCAUCAUCAGGCAAACAGGCAUGGGGUUGGUGAGCAUCUUCUCCAGGGUCGGUGGCAUCCUCACCCCCCUUGUGAUGCUGCUGGAGCAGUUCCACCAGGUGCUGCCCAUGCUCAUCUUUGGCAGCCUCCCCAUUGGGGCAGGCCUACUGUGUGCUCUGCUGCCUGAGACCCGGGGCCAGACCCUGAAGGACACCCUCCAGGACCUGGAGCAGGGGUACCCCCCACGGUCCUCCAUGACACAGUUCCCUGAAAAAGAAAUGGAGGCUAAGGGAAGAAUCUUCCUCCCCCGAGUUAGCAUUGGUAGUGCUCCUCGUUCUGACUGUGGUUGUUAACGACCGAUUCAUAUCCAGCACCUGGUCACACGGUGGAUGUCAGUCGGUCCUGAUUUGAAGGAGGGACCAGGCCAGCUUGUUGUUGGACAGGGCCAACCUCCUUGCUCUCCUCUGUCUCUGACUUACUGCUCAGUACCAUGUUUGCUUCAGGAUCCUGGGUGUGUCGCGGUCUUUUCUUUGAUUGCGUCUGUGGGUAUGUCACGGUGAGCAUGAGCAGGAUCGUUCGGGACGGAGGAUGUGCAUAUGCGAGAUACCGAAGCCCAAGCUUGAGCAUGGAAAGCGGUGGGAACAGUGUCCUCCUUGGUCAGGCCUCGUACAGGUCCCACCAGUUUUCACAUUGCCACACCCAGGCCCAACGUCCACAGUGCAAACCCUUGGAGAACACUGUGAAACCAUUUGCAGAGCACACAAUUCUUUCAGCAUCUCCCCCUUCACACUUGGUCAGCUUCUCUGAGGAGUGAGCAGUACUGUACCCGUUUGCUGGGCAUCCAGUCUUGGAUAUUUCGUACUGUUCUCUUUUGAGAUCAUAGACAAACAUGCUCCUCAGGUUUGUACCAGUACCACCCAGAGUUUCGUGCUGUGUGUUUCUCUGAUGAAAGGCAAAUGCGCAAAAAUGGCAAAGUGCAUUUCAAAGGUGAAGCCACUGAUGUCCCUGAGUGAUGUGAUUGUCAUUCCUGGAGAUGACUUAGAGGGAUCCUUUGCUGACACAUUAUUAUUACAGGAGUUUGCCUGUGGCUUUCAUUUUUAUUGUUUUGUCAUAGGAGACAUAGGUCUUUAUUCCCAGACCUGCCUUUGGGAUCUUUGUAAACAUUAUCUCUUCCAUUUCUUAGGGAUUAACAAUGUCUAGGAGAAAUAUUUCCAUUCAGUGAUGCUUAAUUUUCAUCGUUAUCCUGACUGAAUGGGAAUCACUAAAGGAGGAACAUCUCUGGGUGGUGUCUAUCAAGGUGUUUUCAGAAGUUUAACUGAGGAGGGAAGACCUGAAGUUCAGGAAAGUUCCCUGAAGGUGGGCAGUAUCCUGUUGGCUAAGGUCCGGAACUAAAUAAAUAAAACCAUGAAGGGAAUUAAGCCUAGAGCUGUACUGUCUACUUCCUGUCACCUUGGCAGCACUGAUUAAGCUGUAUGCCCACACUGUAACACAGGGUCAGUUCUUCUUCAGUUGCCUUGAUAUGUCACAACAAAGAGAAAUGUAACAGAGAAUUAAUGCAGAAGGUUCGGGCUUUCUGUGACAGAUCUGACCAUGUGAUUCUUAGGACUUUGGGAAAGGUUUAUAAAGAGAAGUAUGUCAGCUUGUAACUUUGGGCCAAUGGAACUCUGAAACGCUCUAAGCAGGGCCUAGUGGGCUGUUCUAUGAGACCAGAAUGCUCAGAGGACUGUAAGCUGUCUCAUUCAACUUAGGAGGUGUCAGAAGGAAACAAGGACUCCACUGGGAAUUGAAGCUGGAAGCCUUUGAUCAGAUACUUUGGCAAAGAAUUAGGCUAUAUUCUGUACUGCAAGAAAUUGAGUGAAGCCAGAUUCAAAACAGUGAGGUUGUUUUGUUAUGUUUCUUCCAGAAAAUCCAGACAGUACACUCUUCAGGCUGUGGUAUGGCUAUUGCUUAUGUAUUCAGAUCUACAGUGUGAGAGAGCAGAGAGAUAAGAAACAAGCGAACCUUCUUGGGAAUGCAGUGUGAGCAAUUUGAAGUUUCAGAUAAAGGAAGUGCAGACCAAGCACCAUAAUUAAUUGCUAGAGGAAUUAGUGCCAUCAAAAAGAAACCUUUUCACAGAGAGUAGAAAGGCUUCCACCUAUGACAGUCUAGAAUUUGUGAAAAUAAUUCAUUCAUUCAAAGGAAGAGCCUGAACCAAGAAUGGUUCUAAAAUGUUCCCUCAUUCAAAAACUAAAGAAACUAUUACUCCCAGAGGCCACUGCAAACUGUACCUGUCAUCUAAGGGGACCAGGCAACAUCUCAAGCUGGCAGCAGGACUUCACAGCAUCAUAUACAUCAGUGGUCCUCAACCUUCCUUAUGCUGCAACCCUUUAAUACAGUUCCUCAUGCUGUGUGACCCCCUCCCCACCAUAAAGUUACUUUGUUUCUACUUU